AUGACAAUUAUACUUGAUAUGUCAAAAGCAUUUGACAGAAUCGAGUGGGAUUUUUUGGAUGCAAUUCUUAAAAAGCUAGGUUUUCAUGAUGAUUGGUGCAAGAUGGUUUAUGAAUGUGUUUCUAUUGUAUAUGCUUCUGUCUUGCUGAAUGGCACACCAGGUGAGGGUAUUAAAGUGACUAGAGACAGUCCGGCAAUAAGUCAUCUGUUUUUUGUUGAUGACUGUCUUAUUUUCACAAAAGCAAACAAUGUUAAUGCUAAACAAAUAGAAAGUAUUGCUUUUAACCCAAAACUAGAUAAUUCUAUUAAGGUUAACAUUUCUGAAUUGUUAAAUAUUAAGAAACUUGCUAUUGAUGAUAAGUACUUAGGAGUGCCUCUCCUUAUACAGAGAAAUAGAACUGAGACUUUCAGUCAUUUAGAGGAAAAAUUUCAUGGUAGGCUAGCUAUUUGGAAGGGUAAGCAUAUAAAUCAACCAACUAGAACUAUUAUGACACAAUCAGUUUUAGAUUCCUUAGCCUCUCAUCAUUUGGAAGUUUUUCCUAUGCCUAAGAAAUUGACAGAUAGGCUUGAUAGUAUACAGAUGAAUUUCUGGUGGAACAAGAGUAAGAAAAGAAGGGGUUCUUUUAUUUGGAAAGGAAUUUGUAUGGGUCUUGAAAUUAUAAGAGAACAUUGUUGUUGGGAAAUAGGCGAUGGAAAAAGUGUCUCAAUAUGGGAUGAUAAAUGGAUACCUGACUUGGGUCACAAAGUAAAAUCACCAAGAUUAGAAUCCCAAAGGCUAACUAAGCAUGUACAGGGUAAAGAUGCUUCUUGUCCCUUAUGCAAAUCUGCACCUGAGACCUUAGACCAUCUAUUUAUAAAUUGUCCUGUAACCAGAGAAGUGUGGUUUGCUUUAGAGAGUAAUUUUACAGGUACAAUUCUAUGGAAUAUCUGUAAAGCCAUAUGUUCUACUGUUUUUGAUAAUAUUGAGUUGCAGGUUAACAAAUUAGUGAGCCAUAUUCAGAAGGAACUUAAUGAUUGGAAUGAGCAUCUAAGUCAACAGGCUGCUCAGCAUGUCCAUUUGACUAUACAUAGAGUAGAAGUUAGAUGGACAUUACCUAGAACUUGGUUUUCAUAA